AUGUCGGAAAAUUCCAGUAGCAAAAUGGAAGAUUCCAGUAGCAUGGAAUGUGAGAACAGGCAUGAAGGUGAAAAGGGCAUAGAAGCCCCGUUACAAGAGACUGAAAAAUGUGUAAAAGAGAAUAAUGAAAGUGUGAUUAGAACAGUACUGUACCCAGCAAAUUUCAAUGGGGAAAUUUUUGUACUAGUUGACUCCUCUGAAUGUCCCAUCCUGAAAAAUUACAGGGUUACCACUGGCUUGACUCUUUUCAGCCAAAUUAAGGAUUUAAGGCACAUUGACAUUGACUACAUUUUUUCAUUAGGUAGGUCCCUUUACAAAAUUACGUUCAAAAAUACGUAUGCUGCAAACAAUUUUGUAUUAGAUGACAAACUCUGCAAAAGAGGUCUGAAACCAUUUAUUCCCAACACUGCAUUGGAAAUGUAUGGAGUCAUAAGAGGAGUGCCCCUAUGCUUCAGUGAGACUGACUUCAUAAAAGAAGCCAAGUCCAGCAUACCAAUUAGAUCAGCCAAACGGUUUAUGCGCAAAGAUCCCACAACAAAUGAAUUAACCCCGACCACUACCCUGAAGGUAGGAUUUUAUGGUAACGAAAUACCUAAAACUGUUGUUUAUGAAUAUACCAAAUUAAAUGUUGAUUUCUAUAUACCUCCUUUGAGACAAUGUAAAAAAUGUGGACGUUUAGGGCACACUAUGAUGUCCUGCAAGUCGAAAGCUAGGUGCCUUAAAUGCGGUAAUAGUGAGUGUUCGUCUGAGUGUAAUAUCAAUAAAUGUAUUCUUUGUGGUAAUGAAGGACAUACGUCCAUAGACAAACUAAGCUGCCCUUAUUGGGAAAAAGAAAUGACGGUAAAUCGGAUCAAGACGGUGAAGAAAAUGUCCAGAAAGGAGGUUCUCAACACGUAUUAUCCCAAUAACAACAAUAGGUUCAGUAUUUUUGAGCAGGAUGAUGAAUCGUUUCCACCAGUAUGUGAUAGCAUUGAUGAGACUGUUGACAAAAAUGUCAAUAUUAAUCGCAACUUAGCCAAAAGAAGCUAUAGGGAUGUUGUUAAAAAACGAAAUUUUUAUCAAGAACCCAGUCCUGUUAGAUAUGUUAAAAAGACUAAAAAUAAUGCAAUUAGCAAUCCGGCCAUAAACUCCCCGUCAUAUCAAAAGGGAAUUGUUACGCGAAUGGAGAGGCUAAUGUCUCAACUUUUAAAAAUUACUCAAAGAAUCUCCAUAGAGUUCAGUGAUAACAAAACAUUCAAGGAAAUACAGAUUUUAAAAACCCAAUUUGAUCAAAUUAUGAACAAAAAAGACGAGAGAGAAAUCAUUGAUUAUAGCCACUCCAUAUUUGAACAUGAAAAUACUCCAAUAUAA